AUGACAAACAUCGUCGGGGCGAAAUGGACAACGCCUCGCUAUUUGCUGACGUCUUUGGCCAGCAAUGAUUUCGCGAUGGGUUUGUUUGUGACGCCGUUCGCUAUUGUUCCGUCAUUGAGGCAUUGCUGGCCGUACGGGGAGCUGGUCUGUCAGAUCCAGGCCCUUCUCAGAGGAGCAAUCAGUCAACAAAGCGCUGUGAUAUUAAUCUGUAUGGCAAUGGAUAGAUACAUAUGCAUGUUAUAUCCAGCUAGAUACCACAAGCACUCCAGCAAAAAGGGCUGCGUGGCGCUAAUCAGCAUGACGUGGGUGAUGUCGGUGGCGCUGUUCUCGGUGCUGGUGUUGCCGCGCGGCGGUUUCUACUUCAAUCCGACGGGGAUGGUGGCCUGCGAGCCGUUCUACUCGCGCGCCUCCGUCAGGAUACUGGCCGCCUGCGGCUUCUACUUUCCGACCACCAUGAUAUUGAUGUACUGCUACGGCUCGGCGUUCCACGUCAACAAGCUCCGGCUGCGGCGAUCGGCCGGCGGAAGCAGAGCGUCCGGCCGUCACCGGGAGGAUUACGAGGGAUGUUCCAGCACGGAGAAGCUGAUUACCCAGGAGCGCCGAUUGAGCACCACCGCUUCGAGAACCAUGGCGGCCAUGUCUUUGGGUUUCAUUGUACUGGUCACCCCUUGGACCAUACAGGAAGUGGUGGCCGCUUGUACGGGAACCAGGGCUCCCGCCGCUCUCGAUUUCCUCGCCACUUGGAUGGCACUCAGCAACAGUUUCUGGAACCCGUUCCUCUAUUGGCUGUUGAACAACCACUUCAGGAGGAUCAGUAGGGAGAUGCUGUUUAAUAAGUUCCUGUGCAGAAAAUCGAAGGACCAAAAGCAGGAGGACACCUUCCGCGGGUUCCAGCACCAGCCGCACUGCUGCAGCAACAUGGAGCCGGGUCACACGCAGGGCUGCGACUUCGACGGGCUGUCGGAGAAAUAUUGGGGCGAGAUACUGGAGAGGACGUUAUCGUCGAAUUCGCUGCACGCCCUGCCGCGAUCGUACGCGCACCCGUCGUGCCCGGAGCCGUCGUGCAACGGGCCGCAGGAGAUGCGGGUGUUCGAGGCGCCCAUACCGGAUUUAUGAAAGUUAGAUAAGACCACGCAAACGUUCGAUCUCGCGGCCAGCGAGAGCAUGGGGAGUUCUUGCGAGACCGCUAUCGUGAGCGUCGCGUCCAAGUGAGGUUAUUUGUGUGGUCUUCGGCCGAACGAUCGGACGUGGGGUUUCGAUUUCGAGCGGAAGAACGGGUUUUUGCCCGGGCGAUAAAAUCGUUUAUGUGUCACUAAAAAAUGAUUAAGUCGCCGGUUGGAGGAGUGUUCACUUUUUAUGGGUUUCGAUGUGCUUGUAUAUCCCGUAUAUUUAUUUUUAUGGAGAAAUCUGAGCUCGAAUCGGGAUUCGACGUUUCCUCUGGCGUUGUACAUACGUAGAUAUUACAAAUAUUAUAUUGCGAUUUUGUAUUUUUUAUAUUCGACUCGUUUUUCCCCCCGGAUUUUAUUGUUCGUGUUAUUGGAAUCCUUCUGUUGGAAAUGUAACUAAGUAUAGGUAGGUAAAAUAAAAAAAAAACUAUGAAAUUAGAUGCG